UGAAUGCGCGCGGCGUCGAUGUCGAUUGCUUUAUUGUGCGUUACAUUUCCCAUUCAAUCAAAUAAAUACAAUGUCUACGCCAAAAGCAGAAAAAGAUUUACACUUGCCUUUAUCAAGAGUAAAAACAAUUAUGAAAAGCUCUCCAGAUGUCGAAGCAGUCGGCCCGGAACCGCUAUAUUUAGUGACAAAAGUUACAGAACUCUUCGUGACGGACUUGGCGAAGCGAGCGUAUAAAAACAGCGACAGCAAAUUUUUGGAAUACAAACAUAUCGCCGACGUUGUUCAAGAAGACGAUACGCUGGAGUUUCUCAGGGAGAUAAUGCCAAGGAAGAUAACCGUGCGGGAGUUCAAGGAGCUGAUGGCGAAGAAGGCGGCGCGCGGCGACCGGUCGGGCGACGACUCCAGCGACGAGUCUAGCGAGGAGAGCGAGACCUCGAGUGAUAACCAAGACUGACGAAGAAAGAAGCGAUCUAGACGUUAAAAUGUGGACUUAAAUAUUUUUUUGAAAUGACAGCUUUGACUGAGGCAUUGCGCUGGCCCAAUAUUACAGGGUUCUAUUUUACAAUUUCACAAUACUUGAAAUUCAACUCAAUGUCACUAUGACAAUGUUCAAAUUUCAGUUUGAUAAAAGUUAAACACAGAACCCUGUAAUAUUGGGCCAACAAUUUGUUGACACAUUAACACAUACAUCCUAUUACCUAUCCAAUUACUUUGUCCAAUGUGUACUGUGUUUCAAAUUUUGCUUUAUUGAGAGAGUGAGACACACUAACAUUGGACAAAGGAAUUAGCCAGGUGGAAUACCACCCUUAUACAACUUUAUACUCACAUAAUGAACUAUGAACAAAGACAUUGUUGUGCAAACUGAACUAAAACUAGAAAUAACUGUACCUCAUUUUUACAAUUCGUUUAUGAAAUAAUUGUGUAUUCUCAUUGGUCUCCCACAUGACCACAGCCAUUCCUGAUGCGGGAGCAUUUACAUGGAAUGGAUGGGAAUAGUCCCAUUUGUGCCUGGUGCGGACUAAUGGGAAUACACAGGAAUAAUCACAGGAUGCAUUGUUUCACUAUUGUGUAUGAUUUAUGGUUACUUAGUUAAUUUGAAAACUGUUACUGCAUAAUGAAAUUCAUAUUUUAAGGUAGGCAGGUAAUCGGCAAACAUAUAGGUAAGCAGCAGUAUAAAGCAUUGUUCUCAGCUAUAAAUAUAUGAGUGUAAAGUAGUAAUAAUGCAAACACUUUGUAGAAUCUCUUAAAUCUGCAUUAAAUUUGUUUAUAAUAUGACAAUAUGUGAAUGUUUGGUGCUUAGUUUAGAGUUUAAACAUAAUUGUGGAAGUAAUGAUGUUCAUUUACAGUGAAUGAGAUACCAAAUUAAGUUUUAUAUGUAUGGUUUGUGCCCACACGCCACCUCAACUACAAGACGGAGCACAUAAUUCAAUCGAGGUCACCACACAUGCUCCCCCGUACAAAUUUAGUAUGGCAUAGUGACCGCUUAUUUCAAUUGCGCCCACUAUUAGGAUUAGGACCACUACUUGGGUAUUGUAUUGUAUUGUAGUACGGGCGAUUUUCCGCAACUCGACGUCUUGCGCCUAUUUUGCGUGAUAGGGGGUGGGCUAGUCUUGCCAGCCCAGCUCCUCGAGGAAUCCUAUCAAACCUUUGAUGUUGAGUAGGACCUCGGCACAGAACACCGCCUCUAGAAACCUAAUAUUGGCCAUUUUGUUCCCGACGCAAAUCACCAAACUGUGAGGUGCGGGAGGGGUGCUCACGGCGUUGCGAUUGGUCGUUUCAAACAUGGCGCGCUGAUACGUGUAAGCGUAGGGAUGGGACAUGUUCAUUACAGCUAGUGGGUACUGCUACUAGUGAUACCGAAAUUUAUUGUGGUAAAAUUGUUACCAAUUUAGUAUACUUAGAGUAAACUUACUUAAUAAUUAUAUUGAAUAAUUUAAUAUUUCAUUAAGUAAUUUAACAAUGUACCUGAAAAUUUUACUUAACAUAUUAGGGCAUUUCUGUUUAAAGUACCCAGAACUUGAAUUUUAAAGUUUAGAAAUUUUAUAUUAUUUUCACUCAGAAUCGCAAUCUCUUUCGAUACGAGAAAAAAAGUGUCGCCAAAAUAUCAUAAAUUUUUUUUGUCCCUUUUAUUAAGGUCAUAGAAGAUUGUAUUAAAAACAUAUUCAAAUGGACCAAUAACAUAUACCUAUUACAAUUCAACUCCGAGUUCUCUCGCACUUCUUUGAAGUUCAUCACCAGGUCUAUCUCGUGACAUGAGACCUAACUGCUCACCUAGAGGAUUCUAAAAAACCCAUACAACAUAUGUCUAUCACAAACCAACACCGAGUUCCCUCGCACUUCGUUGAAGUUCAUCAUCAGGUCAAUCUCGUGACAUGAGACCUAACUGCUCACCUAGAGGAUUCUAAAAAACCCAUACAACAUAUGUCUAUUACAAACCAACACCAAGUUCCCUCGCACUUCUUUGAAGUUCAUCAUCAGGUCAAUCUCGUGACAUGAGACCUAACUGCUCACCUAGAGGAUUCUAAAAAACCCAUACAACAUAUGUCUAUUACAAACCAACACCGAGUUCCCUCGCACGUCUUUCAUCAUCAGGUCCAUCUUAUAACAUGCGGCUCCGCUGGCCUAGAGGAUUCUAAAAACAUAUUACCUACAUAUUAUGUCUAAAUUUCUAUAUGUAAUGUCUCGUAAAUGACAUGUUCUAGUUUUAAUUAGUUAUUAUAAUUUUGUUAAUAACAUGCAUGCUCACUCAUAUUUUAUGAAUUAUCCUGUAUUUUCUCUAUUUAAGUGAAAUGUUAAAUUUCUUUAUGAGAAAAUAAAUUCUUUAACCACAAAAUGGUACAAUACGGCAUGACGAAGCACGAAGUUUCCGCAACUGACGAAACCAUCAUCGUCACAUCACUAGUCGAAAGGGAAAGGGAUAGCACAUUGCAUUUUCAAGUUGACGAAAAGGGACGGACUACUGCGCCUCUGCUUAGUGACCAGUAUAAAAUGAACCCCGCGGACAAGAAACAUUAUUCAAUGAAAUAAUGAAUUUUACUUUCCAGUGGGAUGUUAUUCCAUCUGUUUUGUAAGUAGAAGUCUUAGAUGACUUGCCACACCAUUUUAUGCUGCAAUAUCCCAUGAUUUCCCAAUGAAUUCAAUAGUUUACGAUUUAUUUUCUGAGACUCGUGCACACAGCUAACAGGUCGUAAUCUUGGGCGCAACUAAUCGGAGCGGCGCGCGAGCAAUCUUAUAUUUGACCUAUACACCAUACGUGCGGUGACCGCGAGUCGUCCUAUAAGCUCGGUCUAUAGGGGUUGGUCUGUGGACCUCGGGGAGGUCUCUCGGGGAUCCGAGAUGUUUUGCCCUGUAUGGGGCCAAUCCGCUGCACUCCAGCGCCACGUGAGAGGCUGUUUCUUCUUUCUCCAUGCACCCACCGCAUAGGGGACUGUCUGUGACACCUGUUAUAAAAAGAUGUUUGUUAAAAAGUCCAUGACCUGUUAUGACACUGGUUACCAUACUCAGUCGAACCUUUCCUAGUUGAAGGAGCGUCCUUGUGAGCUUACCGUUCAUGCUAGGCAUGGCUUGCUUGGCCUGUCUGCAUCCAGCUUGGUUCAGCCAGUGUUCUGUGUGUAGUUUCCCUGUACGUGCCAGCAGCAUUGAGCGUACCUUACUAAACGGUAUCGGGAGGAUCGGUUCCGGGCCAAUAGCCCCCGCACCCGAUCCUUGUCUGGCGAGCUCGUCCGCGGCGUCGUUGCCUCGGGAUCCACUGUGUCCUUUGAUCCAUUGUAAGGUGAUCUUAUUGUUCUGACAUACCUCCAUUAGUCGUUCGUGGCAUUCGUGUAUAAGUUUGGAUGUGAUUAUAUGGCUUUUUAGGGCCAUUAAGACUGCUCUACUGUCGGAGAGUAUGCGGAUGGAGGAUCCUACUACCUUCCUUGCAGUGAUGGCAGCCGCCGCGUUAAUAAUGCCCAUGCACUCAGCCUGGAAUACCGAGUUAUGGGCUCCUAGCGGAGUGGUGAUUGACAUGUUCAGGUCUUCUGAGAAGGUUCCAGAGCCUGAUCCGCUGUCCGCGAGUGAAAAUUCUCAGCUCCCGGGGAUUGAGUCCUUCGCAGUUGUCGUCCUCGAAUAAUUGUAUUUUGUACCUUUUGUCAAAAAUGGCUUGUUUGUGAGUUCGAUCCGUGCCCGCCAUGAGCACCGGAAACUCGCUGUAUAACUUUUCCAGGCAUGUUGUGUGAAGAGCUCCUGUGGUGUUAGACCAUAUAUUGAGGGUUCGUAACCUUACCGCUGGGUAUUUAAAAAGUAUUUAUAAUUAUUAAGCUUUAGGGAUGUUCUUGGGAUAUUAUAUACAGUAUAAUAUAGAGUAGAAUACAAUGCUAUUGUGCUGCUGGAUUCGUAGCAUUCUACAAGUAAAAUUGUAUAUAUGUGUGGUGACCUUAUGCUAUGCUAUGUUGGGGAACCGACUUUCUAUACUAAUCAAUGCAUUGACUCUCUGAAAUAAACACUUUCCCACUUGUAAAUGAAAUCACUUAACUAUAACCUGUCUUUCACGUCUUGCCAACCAAAGACCUGUAUAAAGGUUUUCUGUGCCAUUCUAAUUUGACCUUUAUGUUGACAAAUCAAAAUUGCAUGUUUUAUGUCUGACCGGCUAAAGGUUAAGAAAUUCCAAAAAUAAAUUUUAUUAACUUGAAGAAUAAACUGAACAAAAUUGUGAACCUCCAUAAAGCUUAGGUAAUUAAUGUAAUUAAAAUAAUAAUACAUAUAAAUCAGACCAUUCAUUUUGACUAAACAUGUAAUUGCCUAUUAGUAUUAAAAUUAUAUGUUGAGUAAAACUUGUGUUAAAAUAAACGGUUUAAAAACUGUA